AUGACCGGUCAGCCAGCCGAGCCAGCGCUGUGGGCCCUGAGGGAGAGGAUCUCGGAGGCGCUGAGCCAGGACGGCUACGUGUACAAAUACGACCUCUCCCUGCCCACCGAGAGGCUCUACGACCUCGUGCCCGACCUGCGCGCCCGCCUUGGCUCGCAGGCCAAGCACGUGGUGGGCUAUGGCCACUUGGGGGACGGUAACCUGCACCUCAAUGUGACGUCAGAGGCCUUCAGCCCGUCGCUGCUAGACGCCCUGGAACCCUACGUGUACGAGUGGACGGCCAGGCAGCGGGGCAGCGUCAGCGCCGAGCACGGCCUGGGCUUCAGGAAGAGAGGCGUCCUCAGCUACAGCAAGCCGCCCGAGGCCCUGAGGCUCAUGCAGCAGCUCAAGGCCCUCCUGGACCCCCAGGGCAUCCUGAACCCCUACAAGACGCUGCCCGCCCAGGCCUGACAGGGCCUUUGGGGUCAGCAGGAGACGCAGGAGGGGCCUUGGCCCGGCUCUGGUUUUGCCUGUCGCGGUGGGCCUGCAGGGUUGGGGUGAGCUCGGGGGUCUCUGUGCCGUAGGGCAGCAGCAGGUGGGGUGGUCCAGCCACCAGUUGGAGGGGCCCAGUCGGCCCCCGGGCGGGAUUCUUCCUGGCUGCCCUGGCAAUCCUGUUGGGCUGUCUGGUCUGCUCUCUCAGUCUCUGCGUGGGCACUGUCCACCCCUCUGCCCGCUGGGAGAGGGCCUCCUGCUGACGUCCUGGGGGGGCCAGGUGGGCAGGGAGACCAGGCCACAUUACGCUCGGUGGUGGGCUGCAGCUGUGGGAGGGGGCAUGCGUGGUCCCGUCACUGGGUCCCCCACGCAGUAUGCGUCCCUGGCAGAGGCGAUGAGCUCCGUGGGAGAGUGUGGGGUCUGUCCCAGAACUCUCACUGGUGGCCUGGGUCACCGGCGGCUUUGGGCCAGAGUGACAGGGAUGGUGUCCACCCUGUAAGGCAUGGUUCCCCCAUUUUCUAGAGGGCCCAUCCAUUGGCAAGCCAGUUGUCAAAGUUAGUCAUUAAGGGCUCACCCUGUUGGUUUGCAGUGAUGUGUCUGCAGAGAUGUGUCUGCACUCCCGCUUCAGCAUCCAACAUCCGUGAGGCCAGGGUGAGAAGCCCCGAUGUGCCCGAGCGGGUGCGUGCCACGGGGCGGCUUGGCACACAGUGCACCCUGACCCGCUCCCCGCUGUUGCCCAGGCCUGGGCCGCUCCUGGGGCUGUGGAGAAGGUCCAGACACGUGCUCUCUCUCGGCUGUGAUGAACCUCCAGUAAAAUGGGAAUUAAUCAUGA